AGAUAAUGGACAGUAUAAAUUUAGCAACACUCUUCCCACAAGAUCUCUUUCGGGAAAAGGAUAAUAUUCAACUUCGAGUUUUCAACUAUAUCCUUUAUGGAAAUGGUAAACCAACUCGAGGAAUUUCUGACACAAGUAUUCAAUUGGUUCGCACUUGUUUAGUCUUGAAUUGGGACCAAGACAACAAAAAUUCUUCCCUCGAGGAGGUCCGCGCUUUCGUUGUUGAAGUAAGUACAAAGGGUUUGAUUCGAGAUUUCAUAAGAAUUGGCUUAGUGAAAUCCCAUAUUUCGUAUAUAAGAAAAAGAAAUAAUCCGCCGGAUUCGGGAUUGAUCUCUGCAGAUUCCGUGAAUCCGUUUUAUUCGCUUUCUCCCAAGGCUGGCAUUCUUCAACAAUCGCUUAGACAAAAUCAUGGAACUAUUCGUAUGUUCAGAAAUAAGGAAUCCCAAUCUUUGUUAAUUUUAUCAUCCUCUAAUUGUUUUAGAAUCGGUCCAUUUAAUCAUGUAAAAUAUCACAAUGUUAUAAACCAAUCAAUAAAAAAAAAACCUCUAAUUACAAUUCAAAAUUCGUCGGGCCCCUUAGGAACAGCCAUUCAAAUUUCGAAUUUUUAUUCAUUUUUGCCUUUACUAACUUAUAAUCAGAUCUCUGUAAUUAAAUAUUUGCAACUUGAUAACUUCAAAUAUAUUUUUCAAAUAAUUCACUCUUAUUUAAUAGAUGAAAACGGAAGAAUUUUUAAUCUAGAUCCAUACAGUAACCUUGUUUUGAAUCCAUUCAAAUUGAAUUGGUAUUUUCUUCAUCAAAAUUAUAAUAAUUAUUAUUGUGAGGAAACGUCCACAAUAAUAAGUCUUGGACAAUUUUUUUGUGAAAAUCUAUGUAUAGCCAAAAAAGAACCAUACCUAAAAUCGGGUCAAGUUUUAAUUGUUCAAAGGGAUUCUGUAGUAAUAAGAUCCGCUAAGCCCUAUUUGGCUACUCCGGGAGCAAAAGUUCACGGGCAUUAUAGAGAAAUUCUUUACGAAGGGGAUACAUUAGUUACAUUUAUAUAUGAAAAAUCGAGAUCCGGUGAUAUAACCCAAGGUCUUCCAAAAGUAGAACAGGUGUUAGAAGUCCGCUCGAUUGAUUCAAUAUCACUGAACUUAGAAAAGCGGAUUAAGGGUUGGAACAGGUGUAUAACAAGAAUUCUUGGAAUUCCUUGGGGAUUCUUGAUUGGUGCUGAGCUAACUAUAGUGCAAAGUCGUAUUUCUUUGGUUAAUAAGAUUCAAAAGGUUUAUCGAUCCCAGGGGGUGCAGAUUCAUAAUAGGCAUAUCGAAAUUAUUGUACGUCAAAUAACAUCAAAAGUUUUGGUUUCAGAAGAGGGAAUGUCUAAUGUUUUUUUACCUGGAGAAUUGAUUGGAUUGUUACGAGCAGAACGCACGGGGCGUGCUUUAGAAGAAGCAAUCUGUUAUCGAGCCGUUUUAUUAGGAAUAACUCGAGCAUCUUUGAAUACUCAAAGUUUUAUAUCCGAAGCAAGUUUUCAAGAAACUGCUAGAGUUUUAGCAAAAGCUGCUCUUCGGGGUCGUAUCGAUUGGUUGAAAGGCCUGAAAGAAAAUGUUGUUCUAGGGGGUGUGAUCCCCGCCGGGACCGGGUUCAACAAAGGAUUGGUGCAUUGUUCACGGCAACAUACCAAUAUUCUUUUUGAAAAAAAAACAAAGAAUUUAUCUUUAUUAGAGGGAGAUAUGAGAGAUAUUUUAUUUUAUCACAGGGAAUUUUGUGACUCUUCUAUUUACAAAUCUGCCUUUUCUAGAAUUGAAUAAUUCCUAAUAGCAGAUUCCUGUUUUGAAUUUCAUGUUUUAUUGUUUGCUGUAGUCAUUUGCUUUAAUAAUUUGUUAACACUAAUAAAGAUAAUAAUGAAUACAAAAUAAUGGCUCGGCUCGUGCAUAAACGGACAAGAGAAGGUUCCAUUGGAACAAAUUUUUAUUUUAGUUUUGGGUACCCCCCUUUUAAGUGUGAAAAGAAAUGACAAAAAGAUAUUGGAACAUCGAUUUGGAAGAGAUGAUGAGAGCAGGAGUUCAUUUUGGGCAUGGUACUAGGAAAUGGAAUCCUAGAAUGGCACCUUAUAUUUCUGCAAAGCGUAAAGGUAUUCAUAUUAUAAAUCUGACUAGAACUGCUCGUUUUUUAUCAGAAGCUUGUGAUUUAGUUUUUGAUGCAGCAAGUAGGGGAAAACAAUUCUUAAUUGUUGGGACAAAAAAUAAAGCAGCUGAUUUAGUGUCGCGGGCUGCAAUAAGGGCUCGGUGUCAUUAUGUUAAUAAAAAGUGGCUCGGCGGCAUGUUAACAAAUUGGUCUACUACAGAAAAAAGACUUCAUAAGUUUAGGGACUUGAGAACUGAACAAAAGACAGAGGGAUUCAACCGUCUUCCGAAAAGGGAUGCAGCUGUGUUGAAGAGACAAUUAUCUCGCUUGGAAACAUAUCUAGGCGGGAUUAAAUAUAUGACGGGAUUGCCUGAUAUUGUAAUCAUCAUCGAUCAGCAAGAAGAAUAUACGGCUCUUCGAGAAUGUAUAACUUUGGGAAUUCCAACCAUUUCUUUAAUCGAUACAAAUUGUAAUCCCGAUCUCGCGGAUAUUUCUAUUCCAGCAAAUGAUGACGCUAUAGCUUCAAUUCGAUUCAUUCUUAACAAAUUAGUAUUCGCAAUUUGUGAGGGUCGUUCUAGCUAUAUACAAAAUUCUUGAUUAAUAAUAAGAUAAAUAAAUCAAUUUUUUUUGAGGGAGGGGCUCCCUGUAUUUCGAUUUAUAAAAUCGGUUACUAUUCCUGAAUCAUACAAAAGAAAAAGAGAUAAAAAACUGGGUAUAUUGUGUGAUUCGUUUAGUUGGUAUCCAAAACUAAAAUAAAAAUUCAAGUAAAUAAGUAAAAAAAAAGGGGGGGUCUUGAAUCAAAAUAAUUUAAAGUUCUUAUUUCUGUCAGAGGGCAAUAUGAAUGUUUUAUCAUGUUCCAUCAAUACACUAAUAAAAGAAGGGUUAUAUGAGAUAUCUGGUGUAGAAGUAGGCCAACAUUUCUAUUGGCAAAUAGGGGGGUUCCAAGUCCAUGCGCAAGUCCUUAUUACUUCUUGGGUUGUAAUUGCUAUCUUAUUAGGUUCCGCAGCUCUAGCGGUUCGCAAUCCACAAACCAUUCCAACUGGCGGCCAAAACUUCUUUGAAUUUGUCCUUGAAUUCAUUCGAGAUGUGAGUCAAACCCAGAUUGGAGAAGAAUACGGUCCAUGGGUUCCCUUUAUUGGAACCCUGUUUUUAUUUAUUUUUGUUUCUAACUGGUCAGGAGCCCUUUUACCGUGGAAAAUUAUCCAGUUACCUCAAGGGGAGUUAGCAGCACCAACGAAUGAUAUAAAUACGACGGUUGCUUUAGCUUUACUCACAUCAGUAGCAUAUUUUUAUGCGGGUCUUAGCAAAAAAGGAUUAGGGUAUUUCAGUAAAUACAUUCAACCAACUCCAAUUCUUUUACCCAUUAACAUCUUAGAAGAUUUUACAAAACCCCUAUCACUGAGUUUUCGACUUUUCGGAAAUAUAUUAGCCGAUGAAUUAGUAGUUGUUGUUCUUGUUUCUUUAGUACCUUUAGUGGUUCCUAUACCUGUCAUGUUCCUUGGAUUAUUUACAAGCGGGAUUCAAGCUCUCAUUUUUGCCACUUUAGCUGCGGCUUAUAUAGGUGAAUCCAUGGAGGGUCAUCAUUAACUAUUUUUUUUUUUCAAAUUUAGGUUAGCCCAAUUAUCGAAUAGUUGGUUUACGUUAUGUAAGAAACACUUGUAUAUGUCAUAUUUGAUAUUGACUAGGUAUAUAUAAGUUAAAGAUCUAUAUAAUCUGCCCCACUAUUUUUGUGAAUUUCUAUUUAGAUAACGAUUCGAUUAUAAGUUCUUACUUUUUAUCUGUGAAUUGGCUGAAAAAAACGAUCAAAAAAAGAACGAAGAAUUAAAAGAAAAGAAUGGUUCACAAAAAAGAAACGGCAUAAAAAAGUCGUAUAUAUAUAUAUUAUGCAUUUUUCAAAAUCCCGUGGAUAGGAACUAAUAUCAAAGUAAUUCUUAUCAAGUUUUUGGUUAUUUUGGCUGGAUGAAUCUUAGCGAUGACUUAAUUAUAAUUAAGUCCUAAGUCGUUGGAUGAUUGUAUCAUUAACUAUUUCUUUAUUUUGGUGUGAGGAACUUAUCAUGAAUCCACUGGUUUCUGCUGCUUCGGUUAUUGCUGCUGGGUUGGCUGUUGGGCUUGCUUCUAUUGGACCUGGGGUUGGUCAAGGUACAGCUGCGGGUCAAGCUGUCGAAGGUAUCGCGAGACAACCUGAGGCAGAAGGAAAAAUACGAGGUACUUUAUUGCUUAGUUUGGCUUUUAUGGAAGCUUUAACAAUUUAUGGCCUAGUUGUAGCAUUAGCGCUUUUAUUUGCGAAUCCUUUUGUUUAAUCCUAGAAAUAAUAAAAUUAGGAAUUUUUUUUUUCGUAGUUUUUUUUAUUCUAUCAAGAUUUCACUCCUACAAUUAUUCAUUGAGACAACAACCCUUGGGAAGGACUAAUUUGAGGAUGGGGAAUUAACACAUCGAUUCGCUUUCUUCCUUCCCCUUAUUCUUUUUAGUUUAAUGGAAAUUUUUUUUUAAGGAGUGUUGCGCAAAAAGGAGGUUUAGGUUUUUUAAAAUUGAUAUAAAACUUGGUCUCAAAUUCUAGCUUAAUUUUAAUUAAGUCUCAUUAUUAUUAUUGAAAAUUAAAAAUUUUUGGAAAAUAAAUUUGUAAAUAGAAUAGGUUUUUGAUUCUGUUUAUAAAUAUCCAAAUAGGUAAAUUAAAUUAUAAAUUAUUAAACGAAAUUUUCUUUUUAUUCAAAAAAACAAAGAAUAAAAAAAAAAAGGACAGAGUUCUUUUUUUUUAUAGUUUAGCUAGAAGAGGAGAUUAUAUGAAAAAUUUAACCGAUUCUUUCGUUUACUUGGGUCACUGGCCAUCCGCCGGGAGUUUCGGGUUUAAUACCGAUAUUUUAGCAACAAAUCCAAUAAAUCUAAGUGUAGUCUUCGGU